UCAAUCAGCAUGUGACCACAAGGAGGGAAGUAUAGACAGUAAAAUCAUUGUCAACAAUGUAAUGGAAAAUCGAGUUUACCAAGCAUGAAGCGUUUUUCACCUUUAAGCAUCGUCUUACUGGCGCUCUCCAGUGUAAUUGUCGUCUUGCUGACAGUUCUGAAAAAAGGUGUACCCAUCGUUGCAUCUGUGGACUCCGAUCCCGAGCGUCUCAAUGUUGACAGUUCAGUGUUACGGGCCCUCCUAUGGUACAGCGAUACUGGUGCCGAUGGAUGGACCAAUGGCUCUGGAUACAGCCUGUUUGGAAAUGAUUCUGAUUCAGACGCAGAUUGCAGUGAUGUUCACAAAGUGAACAAAUCAAUGCGCUGUGAUUUCACAAAGACGACGGAUGAUUGUUCUGUUGACGAGGGGUUUGUUGACUACACAGUUUUUGCUUACUGCCAGUUCACUCCUUCCCUUCUGCCACUGGCUCUUGUGAUUUUGUUUAUUUGGUGGCUGUUCUUGUUUAUUGGCCUGGCCAUCACAGCAGAUGAUUAUUUUUGCCCUGCAUUGACAGUCAUAUCAAAGACCCUGCAUCUCAGCCAUAACAUUGCUGGGGUGACUUUCCUUGCCUUCGGUAAUGGAGCACCAGACAUUUUCUCUGCUAUUGCAGCCAUUGGCAAUGCUAAGAAUGGAGAGGCAGGCCUGGCUUUUGGAGCGUUAUUUGGGGCCGGUGUGUUUGUUACCGCUGUAGUGGCAGGCACCAUUGCUAUCAUUCACCCAUUUAAUGCCAUGCAGAGACCGUUUCUCCGAGACAUUGUUUUCUAUUUGGCAGCUGUUUUCUGGACAUUCAGUGUAAUGUGGGACAAAAAGAUCACUAAAAUAGAAGCUAUAGGCUUUAUCCUGCUGUACAUUGUCUAUGUGUUGGUUGUGGUGCUGGGGAGAUACAUCUAUCAGAGAUUCAAGACACCUGAUGUCAUUGGAGAAAUCACAGUCAAAAAUGAAGAUAAAGAUGAAACAGCUAGUGAUGUAGAGGAAACAGGAGACAGCGCAGGUUCUGAGAGUAAGCCCCUGUUGUCCAGUUUACGCUCAGAAACAAGAGGCAAUGUAAACAUCUCCACAGAGAGUAUGGAGAGUAGUCCCGAGGAUCCGAGUCCAUUCCAGCAAUUCCUAUAUGCCAUUAAUCCAAUAGAUACCGAAAACUGGCCAGAAAUGAACCUAAUCAAAAAAAUUUAUGAAGUGUUCAAGUGUCCGAUGGUUUUCCUGCUAGUAAUUACAACACCUGUAGUAGAUUAUGAUGAAGAACUUCACAAGUGGAACCGCUACCUUAAUUCACUACAGCUUACCACAGGACUAUUGUUUGCCUCUCUUGCCACAAAAGUGGGCCUGAACACCAUUGGUAGCAGCUUCCCUGUGUGGGCAUUGGUCCUCAUUAUUGGAGUAGCUCUCAGUCUCCUUGUCUUCUUCACCUCUAAAAACGACCAGCAACCCAAGUAUCACCCGCUAUUUGCCUAUGUGGGUUUCGUGGUGGCAGUCGUCUGGAUCUACUCUGUGGCCAAUGAGGUGGUCAACAUUCUACAGACUUUUGGAGUUGUGUUCAGUAUCAGUAACGCUGUUUUGGGCCUGACUCUGCUCGCAUGGGGAAACAGUAUAGGAGAUUUGAUAGCUGAUACAGUGAUGGCCAGACAAGGUUACCCCAGGAUCGGCAUAUCUGCAUGUUUCGGAGGACCUCUGUUUAAUUUAUUGUUAGGUAUAGGUAUUCCAUUCACAAUAGCAACAAUAAAGAAAGGUGAUUAUGAGCUUUCCAUUACACUAGAGGAGUACGUGUUGGCAGGGUUUUUGGCGCUUAGUUUGCUGACGUCAUUGAUUGUUGUGCCCUUGUCGAAAUUCCGGAUGUCACGUCCUUACGGUAUCGGCCUUAUUGUGUUGUACGUCAUCUUUCUUGUUGUGGCACUGCUCACGGAAUCUAACGUCAUCACAGCGGACAUUAACUGAUUUAUACAGGGAGAUGUUUAAACAUUUGACAGGUUUAUAUCAUCUUGUUAACUUGAGAAAUCCAUAUUUUCUUAAGAAUGAAAUACUCAAGGCAGUUUUGAUCUCAAGCUACUAUUGUUUAGAAAAAAGCCUACCAUCAUAAAACAACCUUAGGAUUUAUUUGCACUUAAACUAGUUUGUAAAAUUGAUAGAGCGAGUUUGAUAUUAGUUUUAUCUUGAUUUUAUGGAAAUGAAUAUGUUGUAUAUAUUUGUUGAUUUAAUUUACAAAUUGCUAGUUACACUAGUAUUCAAUAUGGCAUCUACAUAUAUAUGUUUGAUACUCGGAUUAAGAGUUUCCUUUAAAUCGUGUUUUACAGCUGCAAUACAGCCUAUUAAUAAUUUAUUUGAUUUUGUUAAUGUUAUGCUUAAUUGUACAAAUUAGACAUGAACAUUGUUAUUUAUAUACGUUUGUCGUAGUGAAUUUUAUGAGUUCCUAUCAGUAUUUCAAUGUGUUUCCUAAGUUUGAAACGCGAGAAUGCCGGUGUAUGUUAAACCAGAUUUUGCCAAACACUAAUGGUAUACCCUUGCCAUAUAGUGGAGAGAUCUCAUUGGUUAUAAGACUCACUUCAUCGAAGAACUAAUAUAGCUUUCAUAUUUUAGCAGUAAAAAUUAGAAGUGUUGUUGAAUAUUAAUUUCAUUUUUAUUUUUUAUUAUUUAUUGCAAUGUAGUACAUGUAGUUAAAAACCAAAAACAUGAGACUUUCAAGAACGUGAAACUUGACGUUGUAUGUACGUGGCGGUAAAGAUCGCACCAUUGGGUCCAUUCAUUGCUACAUUAUCUGGACAUAAAAUACUCACUGUAGGAUAUCAUGAAUAGCCAAUACUUAUGUUCAUCGGUUUUAAAAUCAAUUACGUUCAGAAUCAUCUAGAAAUGAUUUAUAGAGUCAAGAUGUCUUUUUUCUGCUUUCGUAUAAGUUUGAUAAAGUGCUAAAAUAUAAUAUGAUUUUAAUGAUGCAGCAUUUAUAAUACUUUAAAUUUUGAAGUAAAUCAAAACAUGAUUUGUUGUAUACAUGUACAUUGUAAGCUUUGUAGCUUUAUGAAUUAAUUAACGGGGCAAAAUUACCCAACAUCGGGUUUUUAGUUUUGAUUAGUACAUUGUAUAUUUAAAGUGCCUUUCAUUCAUUUAUAUUACUGUCUUUUUCAUAUAUUGUCAAUUCUCGGUUAAUUUUCUAACCUGGCUAAUUUUGGACAAAGUUUGGUCAAUUUUUUUUUAUCAAGAUAAGGGACCAAAAGAGACUUGAAUCAGUCGUGAGAAUGCCAAACGUAUGUAUCAUUGUCGCCUUGCUCUUUGUUAUAUUUACGUACUUGUAUAUAUACGAAGUGGUUUUUGUUGAGCAUUAUGCAUUAUAUGUCAUACAUUGUACUGUAUAUAUAUUAAAGAUCCAUCUGUGAUAAGAAAAUACAAUUAAAUUGUUAGGUUGUUUUCAGUAGUAUAUGUUGUAAUUUAUUAAAGUCUGGAUGUGUUCGAGUGCACAUUGAAGUGUCAUCGAUUUAAUGCUCUGAGCUUGAGUGGACUCACCUUGACAACCGUGUACUUUUAUUUACCUGUUUAUAUAAGUAUUCUGUAGGUAAUGGAAUUCAUCGGGUGUAUAAGGAGCUUUUAGAUAAUUGAAUGGCAUAUCCUCAUUAAGACUUAUUGAUUGUUUACGUUCAAUUCUAUUGUUAAAUGAACUUAAUUUGUACAAAUAAUUCUAUAUUUAGAACAUAUACUUUCAAUGAAGAACGAAAAGGGUAAAUUAAUUAGUCAGUCAUUAAUCACGCGCGUGCCUAACUACCGCGUUAAUCCGAUACUAAUCCUAUUAUGGAUUAAGUUUUGUACUAUGAACGACAGCAGGAAUUAUAUCCAAGCUUUAAGUAAACUGCUGUCAUAAGUUUUGUUGGAAGUUUUUGUCGAAUGACCCAAUAAAUUCCGACGUAGUACGAGAGUAUAGCGUUAUAUACCUGCAUUAUUAUAAUCAAUAGCGCCCAUUCUUCUCGUGCAUGUGGACAAACGCUAAUUCGCUGAAACUGAAUUUACUGUGCUAGCGGAACCUCUUUGUGGCGAUUGGCGAACAGCGGUAUAUAGGCGUAAACAAAGCGAAUGUAGACAAAUUAAAAUUUAAACCCCAUCGACAUAUAUUAUAAUAGUUAAAAGAAACAAGUUAAAGCGUGAAGACAGCUUUCCGAACCUGAUACCACGACGAUAAAGACAAGCGCGACCUCUGUGCAUUGCUACCUGUAAGAGGGGUCAACACACAAACAAUCGUAUUUAGGAGUCGUUUCCCCCGCUGUCUUAUCUGCCUCUACUCGUGGAAACCUAGAACCUCACGGGAAAUUCAAGUCCGAUUUUGAUCGAAGGGAUCAAAUUGUGAAUUUUACUUCAGCAAGGAGAAUGUAGGAAUUAUUACUAGUGUUGUUAUAUAGAAAAU